AAAGUGCACCCAAAAAAAAAAGGUUUAACACGAGCUCACAUUUACCCACCACAACGGAGAGCCCCAGGCAAUCGGGGCCACAAGCUCGUGUUUCGGAGAAGGACAGUGCUCCUUCUACCAAGCGACGCUGGGUCCCACCUUCUACUCUAAGACAUCAGGAUGCGCUCACACCUGAAUCUCGCAACGAUCUCAUAUUCCGCAAAGUUCGGGGUAUUCUCAAUAAACUCACUCCAGAAAAAUUUAAGAAAUUGAGUGAUGAUUUGUUACGAAUUGAACUACAAUCCAAGGUAAUUUUGAGAGGAGUUAUUAUUCUCAUAUUUGAGAAAGCUCUUGACGAACCCAAAUACUCAUCUAUGUAUGCACAGUUGUGCAAACGAUUGUCUGAAGAAGCUCCUAAUUUUGAAACUUCAGAUCAACCGUGUACAUUUCGUCUCUUGUUACUCAACAAGUGUAAAGUUGAAUUUGAAAAUAGAGCAGCUGCAAUUGAAAACAAUGGGAUUGGAGGCUGCCAAACAGAAGAGGAGGAGGAGCGUCGGCAGCUCGCUAAGAGAAAAAUGCUUGGAAACAUCAAGUUUAUUGGAGAACUGGGAAAGUUGGAAAUUGUCUCAGAAGGAAUUCUUCAUCGUUGCAUUAAGGAGUUGUUGGUACGACAUGGCGAUGAUCCAUCGGAGGACCUCGAAUGUCUUUGCCAAAUUAUGCGUACUUGUGGCCGCAUCUUGGAUUCUGACAAGGGCAAAAAUCUCAUGAACCAAUAUUUUGAAAGGAUGAAAAUGUUAGCUGAAAAUCAAGAUUUACAACCGAGAAUAAGAUUCAUGUUAAAAGAUGUUAUAGAUUUACGACAAGACGGAUGGGUUCCAAGAAAAGCCACCGUUAUUGAAGGACCCAUGCCCAUAAAUCAAAUUAGACCUGUGGACGAUGAGAGACCAGGAUAUCGUAAAGAUCGCAGCCAUCAUGAUCGUGAAAACGAGAGAGCCAGUAAUUUGUCAGAAUUAUUCCGACAUCCUAUGAAAACAAGAGGUGGUUUAGACGACAUGUUAAUGGGUAUCAGUUUAACACCUUCAACACACAACUUAAUUCCUACUAGUCCAUUUGGUGGUCACAAUGGCUUUGGAAAUCAAAGGGAUGUACCAUUUCGUGGUCACAACAAUCAACGCACUGGGUAUAAUAAUUACACUGUGAGUCAGAGAGGUCAAUACAAGCACAAUCAAAAUAGUUCCAACUCACAAUUUAAUCAAUCUAACAAAGAUGUGGCACCCCGAUUUAAGAAAAAUAACCUUAUAGUAGCAAAGGACGAAAUAGCAGAUGUUGAACUUAGACCUAAUUCGAUGCUUUUCAAUAAGGCAUCAUCAGUGAAAGCUAACAAUGUCAUGAACAGCCGGACAGUAGAACCAUCUUUUACUCCAACUAGUAUAAAACAACCUCCUAGUACUUUGCUCAAGGAACCUCUUCCAAUAAAACAAGUGCCCGCUGAUAAGCCAAAGCAGUCAAAAAAGGAUAAGAAAAAGGAUUCUAACCUGAAAAUUGUGUUAAUUACUUGUCAUCAAAAAAUGGAUUUAAAUGAAUUACUAAUUUGGAAUAAUAUUCAACAAGAUCUUCAAGAUGCUGAAGAAGACCUAACAAUAGGUAGAGAAGUCACUUCUACAGAAUCACUAGAAGGCGUCUUCAGUCAGUCGGAUGGACAACCUGGAAUCAAUAUUGACAGUUAUUGGACAGAUUUGACUAGAGAACGACCUCAACUGGAAUUGAGGUUUUCAACUGACGGAGACUUACUAGUAAACCGCGGAGCAGUAGCGCCGGAAGGUUCCCUGGCGCCUCAACGACGAUCAGGCGUGCUCACGAAGUCACGAAGGCGCGCGGGCGGGAACAGUACCUCGUGUUAA